AUGGCGGUGUUUCCAUUUAACCUGAAAUGCUCCGCUGUAAUUGUGAUGGUGACUGCACUCAUGGCUGCUAUCGUGUUUGCUCUUGGCCAUGAUAUCUUUUAUCGGAGCUUAGAUGGACGGACUGUGAUGAAUGACCAACCGCUCAAAUUUUGGAUCUCUUCACUGAAUGUCUCCGAUCAGCAAAUCUAUAUUUCCCUUGGUACUCUUUUUGCCUUCUCAGUGAGAAGCUUCGUCGGAAUUUCAGUCUCAACGGCGUUUGAUCAAUUGGCUUGGAAGUCAAUCAACGGGAAAACCACUCAGAUUGGUGUGAUCGACGACCUACUCUCGGCUCUGAAGAACGGCUUUACGUUUUUCAAUCUCCAACUAUGGAAGCGUUUUCCAAUCAGUAUGACUCUCGGUAUAAUCUGUUGGAUUCUUCCUAUAACGUCGAUGAUAUCGCCCGCUACGCUGAGUGUGCAUCUAUCUCCUGCAAAUGAGCAUUUGCUUAGAAGAGUUCCUCGUAUCGAUUUUUCGAGCGCAAAUUUUGUCAACUUUCUUUCUUUCAAAUUGAGCAAUCCUACAACGGGACGAACCGCUUGGAUGACCUGGUACGGCAGUACUGCCCCAGAAACUCAAAGAAUUGUCAAAAGUGUCGCCGCACAGGGUAAAAUCUUGCCAAUGGAACCUCCAGCGGUCAAGUCCUCGUGGUCAAUGGAAUUUCAUGGACCUACUCUUGUCUGCGACCAUGUGAACAAUACUGUUAAUGAUUACUUCACCCAAAAUGUGGCUCAAGCUAUGAACAAUCCCAUAAUAUAUGCGGAGGGCGGUUCAUUGUAUCACAACUACAGGUAUCUCUCUUGGACACCCGAUUCAGAUGAUCUUAUUGGUUCUACCCCAUUCUAUCAAUUUCAAGAGAACGGGACUCGAAUGUGGAGGCUACGAUCCUUCCAACCUGGUCCCGGGAGCGCCGACUCGUUUAAUCAGACUGCCAUCGAUUUGAAUCCGAGAAAUCCUCUUAACGAAGGAUCACCCCUCUCUGUUUCUGUUGCCAUAUUUCCGCCCGUUCCAGGAUGCAACGACUCUGAUGGAGCUUCGAAGCGCCAGAAAAGCAAUCUGCACCAAUCGGAGAUUAUCCACUGUUCGCUUCAUAAUGCGUCAUACCAAGCAAGUUUCAAUUAUAUCAAUGGAGACCAAAGGAUCUCUGUGAAGGACCGGAAAGUCCUCAACGGAAUCAGCUACAUUGAAGGCAUCAGCAAUGCAGACUUGGACACGGGUCUAAGCUAUUCGAAUGUGUCAUUCAUGUACAGCCCCCGGCUGAUUGAGAGCCUCUCUUACCAGUCUAUAAUGGAGGCAUUUAGUGAAGUUCUGUCUGGAAUGAUCACUGCUGCGGAAUUUGUAGCUCAGGACCAGAAAGGUGAUCAAACCGUUACUAUCCGCGGACUUCAGCUGAAUACCACUGUCGUGUCAACAAAGUUGAUGGACACGAAAGAGAUGAAGAUCCUUCAAUCUGCCGAAGGGCUGGGCUGGGAGAGUCCUUUCGAAAGUUAUUGGAACGAAAGAUCUGUCAAUUCGUCCAGUGACUUAUCUCCCCCAUUGAUUGAUGCGCUUGAAGAAACUUUCCAGAACAUCACAGUUUCGCUGAUGGGCCCUCAAAAAUUCCAGCAAGCACUCCGACCUCCCAGGUCAGACGGUACUCUCCUCAGUGCACCAAAAUCUCUAAAAGACCCAAUUACACUGUCAACAACAUCCCAGAAACAAAUGGGACAGUGA